AUGACUGAAGGCAAAUCAGAUAAUCAAGAUCAGUUAUUACAGGAUGCAUCAACGUUAUUAAUGUUUGCUAAUGUUGCUGCCAAGCAACAACAAGAGAAGAAAUCUCCUUCACCUGUAGGGGACAACAUAUCAUCACCUAAUUUUCAGCCUACUAACAAUAUAUCAUCUUCAACUAACUUAAAGUCGCCACCUUUGGUUAAUAGUGGCCCACCAUCUAUCCAUCAACAACAUGCGGUUCCUCCUAAUUUAUCGAAUCCAUCACAAUCACCAAAUCCAAUCAUGUUACAGCCACCAAGACCUCAAUUUCCCCUUACAAAUACAUAUCCCAGACCGAUAUUACCCACUACUGCUUUACCUCAAGGGGGGCAACAGUUUCAACAAGGUUUACAACCAGCACUACAACCUGGAGUUGUCGGUAUUGGUUAUCAAUACAUUCAACCUGAUAUGCAACAUAAUGUUCCUCAUAUGCAAAUUCAACCUGGGGUACAGCCAGUUCAAAAUUUAUAUUAUCCUCCGGUACAGUAUCCACGUUAUGGCCCUAAUGAACAUGAAUCAAGGUCUAAUCGAUCAUCAAUAUCUGAAACAUAUCCUAAACCAAACCUUACUCAUAGAAGAACAAGUUCAACAGGGACAGGAAUUUCACAAAGUCCUAAACAACCCAUGUCACCAGGAGCUUUUGAAAGAGGCAUAGAUAAUGAAACUGGCAGAAGAAAUGAUAACAAUGCCAAAUUUGCAGCUGCAGCUUUAGCCCAAGCUGCUGACAAUCCUUUACCUUUAUUGAAGAAAGAAGAAGCAACUAUCAUCAAAACCGAGGAUGACAAAAUUGAUAAAAAGGAUGAUAAAAAGGAUAAAAAGAAAAGAAAGAAAGAGCCUGUUGUAGAGAAAGAAAAAUCAGUCAAACGUCAAACUAUUGAUGUUUCUUUUAAAGCACCCAAUUUGGAUGAUUAUAAGGUUGAUCCUGACGCAGGGAUUAUAGGAUGUAUAUGUGGUAUUGAAGAUGAUGAUGGUUUGACUGUUCAAUGUGAUGUCUGCUUUAGGUGGCAACAUUGUAAAUGUAUGGGUUUUGAUACUGACGAUGAUGUUCCUGAAGAAUACAAAUGUUAUUUCUGUGAUAAAGAUAAGUGGGGGGUCUUCGAUGCAGAGAUUUGUAAGACGAAUACCCUUUUGAGAUUAGAGGUUGAAGAAGAGAAGGAGGAAAAGAAGAAACAACAAAAGAAAAGAAGAGUUGAUGAUAACCAACAAGAUAAAAAGCGUAAACAGUUGAUUGAUGAUUUUGAUAAAACCCCAACUGACUAUUCCCAAUUCAAACCUAAUAAAGAGAACGAAUUGUUGGAAGAAGGAAUGUCUGCUGAGAAUUACCAAAGUACUUACUAUAAAUUACGAGCUAAUGAUUAUAGAAAUCACUUCAUGCAAAGUAAAUUCCAUCAAAUAGGAAAAGAAUUUUAUGAAUAUUAUGAAACAUUGAAUGAUAAGACGCAAGUUGAUGUCCAAGUGAUGAGCUUGAAAGAAUUCAAAAAGAUUAAGUCGUUACCUAUAAUCUUACCAAAUCAUAAUCUUGUUACUGAAAAGGACCCUAAGCCUGAAAUCUCCAUCCAAGUCAAACCAUAUUCUGAUAUUCAAAAACAAAAGUUCAAUGGGAUUUCCAAAUCAGCACUUUUCAUCCAAACUCUUGGUGAUAAUGAGAUUACGGUUCCGAAAGGAACGGUUGUGAUUGAGUAUUUCGGAGUACUUGAUUUGUUUUCUUAUUACAGAGAUAAUAAACUCAAUCAGUACAAUGUCUGGGGAACCACCAAACCCAAAGUACUCAAGACGAAAUUAUCAUUGAAAGAACCAUUGGAAUUGAUUUUGGAUUCGAGAUUCGUAGGUAAUGAAAGUAGAUUCAUCAGAAAGUCAUGCUCAGUAGCUGCCAAUACCGAAAUCAAGAAGUAUUAUAUUCCUGAAACUCAAAGUUUUAGAUUCUUGGUGGUAACAUCUAAGGAUAUAGUGUUGAAUGAAGAUGACAAAGAUGAAGAAUUGAGAUUAUUAUGGGAAUGGGAUGAAGCUCACCCAAUUCUUAAAUUCGAUGAUGAAAAUUUCAAAUUCGAUCAAUUGAAUGAGAAGGAGAAAGCUAUAGUGGUUAAUUCUAUUGAUAAUUUACUUUACUUCACUGAAUGUGGAUGCACCACCACUACCAAUACUCCACAGAAUUUGAAAACUUGUAAUAUAUUCAAGAUCAAGAAAGCUAUCACUUAUCUUUUAAGAUCAACUAGAAAAAUCUCAGGUAUUACUAAUGUCAACUUGUUCAAACCUAAAGAAAUAGUUCCAAGAGAACCUAAAAGAUUUGAACCAUGGACUGAAAUUAUGGAAAAUCGUGAAAAACAAUUAUCAGAAAAGCUUUUUGCUAAGGAUGUAGUUGAAAACGAAGAAUUACCAGAUAACAUUGAGUUGAAAAUCGUUUCCUUGAGAAAGAACAUGUUAAAUCAAAAAUUAGACGUUAUAAACUCCUCUACGGAACAAGAAGAAGUUGAAGAUGAUAUGGAAGAUUCUGAGGGUCCAGAGACAGUUAAAGAUGAAUUCGACUCUGCUAUUCCAAUCACCAAUGAGUUAAAAGAGAAAAUCCAAAAAUCAAUAGAAUCUGAAAUCAAAGUUACUCCAGAAAUCAAAAAAUCGAUCUCAGAAAUCAAACUCAAACUUUCUGAAACUAAUGAAGAAGUUAAGAAUUUAGACAGUUUGGAGAAGUCGUUAAACUUCGAAAUUAAACCUAAAGAAAUUAUUAAUAAGAAAAUAGAAAUCACCAAAUCUGAAGAUAAACCUAUCGUUAAGAAGAAAUUAUCCUUCGCUGAUUAUAAGAAGAAGAGCUUACUGAAAGAUUAA